AUGGCCACUUGGACGCGGACCAGACAGGUUGUGCAUUGCGUGUCUUUCGCCAGGCAGAUUCAGCAGGAGAAGGAGGACGAGGAGAAGCAGCUCGACGCCAUGAUGGAGAUCGAUAGGCUGAAGGCCCUCAAGACCUACGAGGUCCGGGAGAAGGAGCGCAUGGAGCAGCAGCGCAACGGCGCGAAGGUGAUCAUCGAGCAGAUCAAGGACAGGCAGGCGCACAGGAUGCGCGAGGAGGACAUCCGCGACCAGGAGCGCGGGUUCGUGCUGAAGCAGAUCGAGGCGCUGAAGGUCGAGGAGGCCGAGCAGGCGCGCCAGAAGAAGAUCGCCGGCGAGAAGCUGCUGGCGGAGGUGCAUGCUGUCAACAGCGCUGCAAUGAAGAUCAAGGAGGACAAGAUGUUGGCUGAAAGGCUUGAGGAGCAGAAGAUCAUCGAGUACAGGGAGGCCAAGGAGCUCCGCGAGAGGGAGAUGGAGGCAGAGAAGGCCGUGCCUCUCUUGAGCAGGGAGCACAGGAAUAUGGCGGGGCAGCUCUGGGAUCGGUACGCCUCGCUCGGCGCGGUCUCCCUUGAGACGAGCUCCAAGAACGUGUUCUUGACGCACGGAACCGUGGCGAACUCCCCAGACUGCCCGUUCGCCUCCGAGGCGUCCGAGCAGACCAGCAUCUCGGUGCUGGCUGACGACGCCAGGGAGGUUGAGCUCUGCCCGGCGCUGGUGGUGGCCAGUGUGGAGCGCUCGUGGCCGAGUGCCGCCGCGGCGGGCGGCGGCAGCUGCGAGGGCCCGCCGCUUCCGAGGGAGCGGGUCGUGGCGGUGAAGCCCGCCAGCUCCUCCUGGGGCCAGCACUUGGCGAUUGCCGCUGCCACGGCAUCCGAGCGCUGCGCGCCUCCGAGCGCGGGGGAUCCCUCGCGCAGGUGCCUGGCCAUGGACGCCACCGGCGCGAGCUUCGCUCUAGGCUCCGCCCGCGCGCACCGCGACGUCAGCAGCAGCACGGGCUCCCGGGGCCGCCGCUCCCACUUCACGGACGGACCACCUGGCCAGCACCGUAGCUGGGGCUGGGCUUCUGAGGAACGGCACCUUCAACGCCUUCUCCAGCCCCAGGAGGUAGGCAGGCCUGGCUUAGUCAUCCUGCUCCUGUUAUGGUUCGGGGUUCGGGGUUUUUCUUGUGAGUCUCAAGCGGCGUGUUAG